AUGUGUGAACGUCCAGUUUAUGUCAACGCGGUGUUGGUAAUGGCCAGGUACUGAGUAGGAAAGGUGACAUGUUAACAUGGAAUAAAGAAAGGGGGGGCUUGACAAAGUGACUAAGCAGCUACGAAACUGCGGGGAGGAGUCUAGAACAAAGAUAAAAUCUACGUAUUUUUUCCAGGGUCAACCAGACGCCACCAGACGUGCACUCGCCAAGGUAAGUGUUGCAUUCAUUAAUCACAUGGAAAGAUACCACCUGCUUCGUGGUACCGUAGCUGAGUAGGUAAGACCUUGAAAAUACUCACGCCAGGAUAUUUAACAUGACAUUUUUCUUACAAAGUGACAGGACAGAUGCUUAGAACUAAGAAUUUGUGACACGGGAAAACAUUUUUUUUUUAACACUUUUAUUUCUAUUUAUAUAUUUUUCCUUGCAAUGAAUACCUCGAAUUGGCAGGUAAAACAAAAACCUGAGUUUUUUUACAAUUAAGAAAAUAGUUCAAAUUAAUUCAAUGUUAGCAUAUUAUUAUCGGUACUAUUACUUAAAAAGUCCCCAGUCAUAAACACAGUUCACCCAAUUAUUAUUUAUUAUUAUUUUUACUGUUCUAAUUCCUACUGAAAAUAAAAUUUGAUACUGAGAAUUUACAUAUGACUAUUAUCAUUAGUAUAAUCCUUUUUAUAGCGCCAACGUAAUCUGUCGAGCUUUACCAUUUUACAGUGCGGACGUAUAAAGGCAAGCUAUUAACAGACAAAAUAAUAUUGACAGAUACAACAGGUGAAGAUGGCCAUGGUCAAAAUUAAUUAUUAUAAAUCACGGCACUGUAUGACAAUAAAAAUAUAGAUCAGGAAUUGUUUUUUAACGUAUGCACCGUGUUUUUUGAUUUUGGAAGAAUUUAAGUUGAAAUAUUCCAUAAUCAAAUUCGCCCUAGAAAAUAAACACUUGUAGAAUGGGAAAAUAAAGAGUUAACAUAGCGGAAAGGUCUAUUCAACCUGGGAUUCCAGAACUAUCAGAGUUCCCAAAUACGCCUGAAGGUGGUCCGGGGGACAACACUGCAUGACAAUGUAAUCAAACUACAUAAUGUUAAGGAAAAUUAUGUAUAUGGAGAAAGUAAGGGGAGGAGAGGAAAUGUUUUCUUAAUAGAACACUCCAAGUACCAUAAGCAUGACAGUGCACUGUAGUGAUUAUGGUGCCAGGAGUACCCUGGAGCCCUCCAACGAAAGGAGUCAGACCGUUUGCUAACAGUUUGAAUUUUUUUAUCUGGUGUCUGCCAGGUACUGGCACCUGCCUCUUCUCUUCUGGUAUUGAGAGCCAGAAGCUAGGCAAUGCUUGGAACAGAGAGUAGCGGAGAGCUAGGGGACAACUCCUCGCACCACAACAACUACAGAGCACAGUAGUGGUUAUGGUGUUACCAGUAUUCCUUUAACCAUAUUUUCUACUGAAUAAAAUGAAUGGUAUGCUUUGAGACAAUGAGCUAAACAUAAGACCUCAAAAUGAAAAUAGAUCAGAGGUAAAUCUUUUUUGAUAGGAAUAGACUGUAGAAAAGGCUGCAUUGUUUGCGUACACAGUAUUUCGCAAACUAUGGGAAAUUUAAUAUUGUCUUGUAGAAGACUGGACAUAUUUCAGCUUAUUUUUCUUUUCACAAAAUAGACAUUGAAAAUACUUUACUGAAAAAUAGACAUUGAUUUUCGACAUGCAUUAAGUAUUGAAGGCAGGAGAGUUUGACAAUCAGAUAUAAACACAGUUUAAACCAGUUUGAAUAUUUUCAAGAGAGAAUGUGCUAAAAUCUUAAAUGAGGGUUAAUACAUUCAAAAAUACACAACAAAGUUAAUCAUUAUUUUUCUAGCAUCUAAACUUUUAAUAUAAUGGGCAGACAAGCGAUUAGAAAUUCACUUAUAUAUCUUCAUCAGUAGAAAGGAUUAAAGCAUUCUUUGCGAGAGGUGCAAAUCUAAAAUCAUUUAAAAAGCAAUCUUUAUAAAUGUGUAAAGCGCAGGGGAAUAUAUUGACCCUAUAUAAAUGUUAAUAACAAUAAAAUUAAUUAUCGUAAUAAUAACAACUAUAGGGAUAAUUAUGGGACAAAAUAUUACAAAUAAUAUUUUGUAGAAAUUAUGAAAAAAUAAUAAUUGUAUUAAUAUUUAAAAAUAGUAAAUAGUAAUUAUUAUAAAUAUGAUGUAGGCAUUUGUGUUGAAUACCUCUUGUUUUGUGCAUGUUUCAAGUAGUAGUUAUAAUAAAUAACUUUAUUAACUUUUUGGGAGGACAGUUAGUUAAAAACAUCUUUAGAUGGAACACUAGCUACUCGUAGGUUUUUUUUGUUAGUUUAUUUAGAUUUUGUCUCAAGAUAUCGUAAUUUAUUAAUCGGAUAUGUAAAAUAAAAUAAUCCAUAAACCUGUAUUAUUUAGAGUUUGUUAUACUUAGAGUUUCUAAAAAAAAUCAGCAGGUCUCUAUAAGUUCCAUGGAUGUUAAUACUAUCCCUAUUGAAGUUACACAGGGUUUUUCACUAAAUUGAGAAUUGUCUGGUAUUUCAAAUGUAAGGCCAAAGUAGCCAAACUGGAAUAAUUCUCCAAGUUAGGUAUGCUCUCAGUCUGGCUAUUUUGGCCUUACAAUUUAAAUUCACUUUGAAUUCUCAACAUUUCUCACUUGAGUGAAUAACUCUGUCUCUUCCCUAGCCCAGACAUUCUGUGGCUGUUCACUUACAAACCUCCCAAUGUAGCUCAAUUAGAAGUCUUUGCAAGGCAGAUACUCUGGGCAGUUGCUGCCUCUUGAGUUUAGUUCCACUGAGCAAACCAAACCAGGAAGUAACAUGACCUGUUGUCUGAUUGACAGCUGAGGGGGUGUAACAAGGUUAAUUUAUAAAAGUGCCAAUUACUAUUAAAAUCUGCACUUUUAUAAACUUAUGAAAAAGGAGGACACACUCUUCACACUUCAGCAAGCUCAUGGAUUUUAUGUGUCUGGCGUGUUCCUUUAAUCAUAAACUAUAUCAUAAAGUAUUAAACCAAAAACAAUUGAUUUGGUUUUUAGUAGAUUUUUAAGUACGCCCUGGGGUGUUGGUAUUAUUAAAAAAUGUGUCAAUCAAUGUAUAGAUCUCCUCGUGUAUUUAUAAUUAUAUUCUGCUCUAUGUCUGCACAUUGGAAUUAAUCUGAGUUAGCAAAAUAAUAAUAAUGAUAAUUAAAGAUUAUGCUAGCUUUAGUGUACUAAUAAUCUUAAUUUUAAUAAUGACAGGAGGCGAGUAUUUUGCAUAUCUCUCUUUAAUAACUCCAUACAGCCUAAAAAAACACAUAGAAAAAAAGAACCAAUCACAGAAGGGCAGGAUGUACAUAAGGCAACGUGACCUCAUCAUUUCCUCUUUCAGAAAGCGACAACAAGCAGAAGUAAAUAUAUAGUAAACAAUAAAACUAAUAAUAACUCUGAGUUCCCAUGUGCGAAGGAGCAAACUUCCAAAGGGUUCUAUAUGAACAACGAAAAGAGUUCAGGGUUGAGUCAAAUCCGAAGGAUAAAAUCUCCAAUAGUUUCACGUGAACUGCCAAUUGUCUUCAGAGUCGAAUCAUACUGAAAAGAGAAUGUGUGACAGGUUUAGACAUAGUCACGAACAUGUAACUCCAAUUAACGUACCACAUAACAUCCCAUUGGAGAAUAUAGUAACUAUAAUCUGAUAACUGAGUAAUUGUAAUAAGAACUCUAAUGAAGAUGAAGAUAAUCUUCAAUUUUACCACAUGACAGGAGGCUUCGUAUUUUGCAUUUUUAACUCUGAGAAAAAAGUAUAGAACUAAAUAAGAGUCCUAUGGUGUGCCGAGAGACCCAGUAUUCCGCGUUGUGGGGAGGUCUUCCCCGUUGAGCGCCCACGUAUACGCUAUCAAACGGGAAAUUAUACAAGACCAAGUCUGACCGUCUGUCAGCAGGAUGUCUAGUCCUGUAGAGUGGAAGGAGAACGACCUCCACAGCCCAUAAGCUGGAGGGGGAUGUCAUUGGGUAGUUGGUAUCCUAGAGGAUCCUAGUCUCUUGUGCGUCCUCAGGUAGUGAUACGGGCUGUAGUUCCGUCUUCAUCCUCCAAUAAAGAAUCACGAUGCAGGACCAAACCAGACAGGCUGGGAAUGUCCAGAUGUAGGGGUAGGAUCAUCGCAUCCCUGGGUUCCCAGAUUCCCAAGAGGUCCCCAGCAGCCUGCGAUCGUCCGCCGACCUGCCGAGAAACCCCCAAGUCCAGGUCCCCAGGUAGCAAACCCUCCCGGGAUAGAAGAUGUGAGUACCCUACGGCUCCGUGAGAAAUUGUCGGUCAUGAAUGUAGCAGGAGAAGAUCCUCACCUGCCAGAGAAUUACUGUAGACCUUGUAAGCAUGUUCCCUCGGGGAGGUCCAAUCGGACAGAGCGCGAUCACCAUCGUGCCUCUCCUUGUACUGUGACGAGUGGUAACAUCCAAAUCAGUCGGCCCCUAUGAAGUGUGUCUCCCCUGGGAGACAGGUUGAUCUUCUGUGAAGAAGACAGGGAACGAAGGAGCCUACAUGUUGUCUGAUAAAAGUGAGUUGGUCCAUCCCGGUGGAUGUGAAACUUGACUGCUUAAUCUGUGGUCACCUGCAGUAGGGUGCAGCCAAUCUAGUAUUUCUUUAUCAAUCCAUGUAUUGUGAAGUAUAGGACCAGUCUAGGUAUACAACGUACAGGGUCGCGGUAGUGCCGCAGAGAGUCGUGCGAAUAUUCCCAAGGUGUGGAACAGUCUACAAAUCCUCUGAACGAAUAGUCUUCUACAAGUCUGGAAGUUCCAGCCGGUUCUCGGAUGAACGUGGGUGUUGACGAGUUUUCAGUUCCCUGGAUUGAUCUGAAUGAGGUUCUCUCGGAAGAGAGAGUCUCGUCUUCCCCGCCUGUAUUCAUUACUUCUUUCGGUAUUUCAUCAGGGCCCACCAGGCUCCGAGUUACUGUGUCGGGAAGGAGAGGAUGUCUCCUGAAGCCUGGGUAAGGUGACCGAGCGGAAAGGAAGAAGACCGUCCUGAUGUGUCUAGGUCCUGAACGCAAGUUGGUUGACUACGUGAAAGUGGUCUUCCCCAGGAUUGAGUGCCUUUCACCAAGAUGUGGUGAAAUCCCCUGUGGAUGUAGUAGGAGGUAUAUUGAUGGUAUCUGUGUGUACCGUGUUCUCGGUCCGCUUAUCUGGAGCGCCAUUGGUUGACUCUCGCUCUAUAUGGGUAAUAGAGCUAGCGGUAGCGGGUCUCGGGUCAGAUGUCCCAAAGUGGUCGACGACUGGCUCUGUUGCCAACUAGUUCCAAAGAAUCCCUUGUAAAGGUAAUCGCAUAACACCUCCCACCUAGGGGUUUGGGCCCUUAUGAAAGCUGUGGGACCCAUGCCUGUCUAAUAAGUUCCCUUCGGAACUGUUGUGCCUUGUGCCUGGGGUUCCGACUAUCUUGGCGCCCCGUUCCGCCAACCAUCCGUCAGUGCGGAGGAGUGCUGCUAUGCGCAUCCCAUGGGAGAGGUGAACAUUGGGUUUUUCUGCGAGGAGCAUAAACAGUUUUUGAGUCCGUAUACCCAAAUUGUAUGCCCGUUCCCAGACGAUGUGUGGCGACAUCCAGCAUCGCCCAUGGUAAGGUCGUGAAUCCUGAGAGACCUCCUCCGUUGAUCACUAUAGUCUUCUGAGCCAUUCUGACCGGGUGGAAGGGCAUGGGUUUGUUCGUCCGUCAGCGGAUUUGGACAUUCUAAGCAAGAGGCGGCAAAGCAAGUUGGGUUAUCGUAGUAAAGGAUACCCCUGUGUAAGGCACAAAUCAGUAUUCAGGCACAGGAUGCAGGGCAAACAGAUCAGUCUACUACGACAGUAGGCAGUGUUUACGGAAACCCUUGCGGGUCGUAUUCCGAAUCAUGGCCAAAUAAAACAGACUGGGGCUCACCCAGUACAUAGCAGCUCAGCAGUACCGUGCAGCACGUAUAGUGGGGGCUCACCCCGGUGCACAGGGUAUGAACCCUUAAGUGCUGGCCAUCGCCCUGAUAGAGAGUGUCAGUCACCUCUUCCAUUAUUAAAUUCACUUCAAGGGGAAUAUAUAUCUUAAGUAGGCGGCUCGUAACUCCUGUUCAGCAGUUGUAACCGCAUGCCUCUGUUCGGCAUUUUAGUGCAGUGCACGUCUGGCCGGGCCCGGUGCAUAGGGCGUGGGCCUUUAACUGCAGGUCGCAGAAUAGGAACAGGGCAUAAAGCCGUACCGUAUUAUGAUUCAUUGCCAAUGGAGGUAUUCCUUCAGCUGUAGGUAGAGGCUGUUGCCGUAAGACUUCCCUCUGUUGGGUAGUGUGAUUUGCCUAUCGUAGGGGUCUCACCCCAAGAGCACAGAGUCUGAACCCGUAAGUGCCGGUCCCAGGUCCGAAGUUCGGAUUUUCAAUCCUCGAGUUCGCUGAUGAGAGGGGUAGGAGUAGAAGCAGCAGUGUGUAGGGGCUUACCCCGGUUGCACAAGGUUUGAGCCCUUCAGUGCUGGCCAUCAGCCUUAUAGAGACUGUCCUACCGCUCCUCCAAUAAUUAUUGCCCCACCAUGGGGGAUAUUCUGCGCUGAGGCUUCUGACUCUGUCCCCUUUUUUGCCAAAUAGAUUGGCUUACACCUAGUCAGAGAUCACCUCAGGUGCGAGGGGUAUGGACCCGUCAAGCGUGGGUUGCGGCCAAAUAAACAGACUGGAUGAGAGCACAAUCCGUUUCAUUGUGUGCAAUGCACCAUGCAGAUCCCAGCAGGGUGUAGUAUUGUGCACUUUAUUGUGUGCAAUUUAUUGUCUCAAAAUACCAAAACAACCCCAGCAGGGUGUGUGAUAUGGGGUACCCCUGUGGGGUAUCUGUUGUGGUGUAAAUAAUGUCAGUGGACCCCAGCUGAUAAGGUGUAAUAACCCCAGCAGGUUAUUCUGUAUCUGUCACAUAGUGUUGUCAAAUUGCCCCAGCGGGCAUACCAUGGGAUAGGCAGGAGGAAGGGGAUGAACCGAUAGGCCGGAGGAAGGGGUUAAUGCCCGGGAGACGGCAGGAGGCGACAGGAACCGUGAGGGGGAAGGGAUUAAGCCCCAGCAAAACCCAGAAAACCUAUGAGGCCCUGUGGAGAAGGAGGAAAGCGGGGAAAGAGGGUCCCCCGAUGCCCCAAGUAUAGAAGGCCAGGAAAAUUGCCAGAAAAAUUGUCAUACAUAUGGAAUAAAGUAUAUCUAUCAUAACUAUACAUAAAACCAUUAAAUCAAUAAUAAAGUUUACACCUGACACAUAUGAAAUCCAUGUAAUAAAAUACAUAUGACAUCUAUUAAAUAUACAUAUAUAAAGUAAAUAUAAUACUAUCAAAACAAAGGAUGAAAUGCCUAUAAAACUAUAAAUUACAAGUGAUAUAAAUCACAGCUAAAGGUUAAGAAAUAAGUAUAACGUUAAAUCUACAUAAUAUCUGUGAAAUAACAUAGAAAAAACACAGCUGCACAUAGUAUAGGAGCACAGCAAGAACAUACAGCAAAGUAUAUAAAAAUAUAAUUCAGAAACAACCUCAAAGAGGCAAUAGAAACAUAAAGUAAUGGAGAAGAGUAAUACUCUGACCUGUCUGCUUGAUGGAGCAGCAAAGAAAGAGGAAAUGAUGAGGUCACAUUGCCGUAUGUACAUCCUGCUCUCUUGUGAUUGGUUCUUUUUUCUAUGUGUUUCUUUACUGCUGUAUGGAGCUAGUAAAGAGAGAUUAUGCAAAAUACAAAGCCUCCUGUCAUGGUGUAAAAUUCACUGGACUGUGUGUAUUUUGCAGUAAAGGGUUAAGUUGAAUGGGAAGAAUUUGUACAAGGUUAGAGCACAUGGCUGAUCAUUUCAGAUAGCAAGGAACUGGCAACAGCCACAAGUCUACCUAGUGGGCAAAUGUUCAUCUUUAACCCUUCCUCCUUGUAUUGCAGAUGACCUCAAUUCUCAGCCACUUGUCAGCUGUCCUUUUCAUCCUCCUUGCUCUGAGCUGGGCUUGUUCAACAGCCCCGAGUGAGCCCCAACACCCAGGAGACAAUGCCUCCCAGGAGCAACUUAACAAGUAUUAUGCCGAUCUGUGGCAGUAUAUAACCUUCGUCACCCGUCCAAGGUCAGAAUUCUUGAUAUAUUUGGGGGAUUUAAUAAUAAAUAAAUAAAUAAAUAAAUAAAGAAUUAUCAUUACCAAUUGUAGCCAUGUACAGCCCUGCUGUAAUAAUAACAAUAAAGUACUAAAUAAGCAGGGUACGUUUUAUUUACAAAGGCUGCAAUAUAUAAAUUAUUAUGGCAUUACUUGCGUUGAAAUCGGGGUAAACGUGGAAAGAAAUAUUUCCGAGCCAUAUCUUCUAACACACGUGUGCAUGCUUGUUUGUAGGUUUGGAAAAAGAUGGGAUGAUUUUGGGAUAGAAAACAACCACAGCUUGUGAAAGUUGAGCGUAAGUAAAAUCAAAAAUGCCUUUUAUGUCUGACAUCAUUUGUUCAUCACCAAUGUGUGUGUGACAUCAUCCCUGUGGUUAACAUCAUGGAUUUGUCGUGCAAUCUCUUACCAUCACAUUUUGUAAAAUUAGAUAUCUUGAUAAUUCCAACCUCCACCAUUAUAUCUACCCCAAUUAAAGCCAUCAAACAGACCUAUAAUUUAUAAAUAUACAUCUAGUCUUUUUUCAGUCAUUAUAUUCUUCCAUCAUUUCAACCUUGGCAAUUCUGUCCUACAAUCUAUCCAUCGUUCUACAACACCUGUUGUUCUAGAUAUUUAUAUCCCAAUGGCUCUUAUAAAAUAUCUAUUGUCUUACACUUUUAUCUAGUCUCUGUGUCUAUUUAAAUCCCUCUCCAAUCCAGCCCAGGGCUCUGUCUUAUUCUCUGUCGUAUUUCUAUAAUCCUGAAAUCUGUAAUAAAUCUGUUAAUGGCCUUCUAACCCUCUGUUAUCAUAUCCCUGUACGUUGUAGCCAUUACCGCUAUCCAUUUGUCCUCUUGCACUAUAUCCCAAUCCAACUCCCGUGUUUUAAAAUUCGGUUUUAAAAAUCCGAUCUCUUCCGUCAAAUAGACUGCCACAGGCCGCACUACUCCAAGCAUGACCAUAGCUUGGUGCUAGAUGUGAAAGAGUUAAAAAUUGCUAUUUGUCUGCUCUGACCUAGAAUAAAGAUGAAAAAUCUCUUUAACAGCACCCACACGUAACUCUAGUAUCAAAAGCUGUCAUCACCAAGGCGAUUUAUAAAAGGGGUGCUUUUGUUCCUCCGAGCAAAUUAGAUUAAUCCCUUAAGGACACAUGUCGGAAAUAUACCGUCAUGACUCCCUUUUAUUUCUGAAACUGUGUCCUUAACAUUUGUGUGUGGAUUUGGGGUUAAAAGCUAGCAAAAAUAUUUAUUCAAUCCAAAAAUACUGUCAAGAAUGUAUCUUUAGGUAACGUUAUUCUUUAUUAGACGAAGGCAGAACAAAAAUAGUCCAGUGAAUACAUUAAAGGUAGAUGAUAGACAAAACAUUUUGACCAACAAACAGUUAAAAAUAAAAAGGAGAACCCUAGUUACUCACUCUGGUAGCAAUUGGAUAUUUUUAUUUCCCAUUGGAGUACCAGUUUGGAAAAUUGGCAACUCGUCCAAAUUAGAUUUGACUCCUUAUAGUUAAUUUGCAUUCCAUAGACUUUAUGCCUUUUGUCGGGGAAGGAAAUUGACGGGGGGAGGGGAAGACAUUGACAUCCAUCACACACAAUGCACCCCUUGCACACAGAAAAACACACAAUGCAUUACACACAGACACACGUACACAAGCAAUGCAUCCCUUACACACAGCAACACACAAUGCACCCCUUACACACACUCAAUGCAUCCCUUACAGACGCACACACUGCAUCCCAUACAUACACAAAUUCAUCUUGCAGCCCUUACACAUACAAACACAGAUUCACACAAUGCAUUCCUUACACACAUCAGGACAUCCCCCACACACACACUCCACUCCCUGUGAACAAACUCAUUGGUGGAACAUGAAGGUGGACCCUGGGACCCAGACCUUGAGCUGUGUAAAGGGCCCUCAAAAAAAUGGAGCUGCUUCCCGUUCUCCCAGAACAGUGAUUUUUGUGACCACAGUUACAAACCGCCUCCAGAGAGCCUGUUGUACACCAGACCAGUGGAGCCAGACGGCAGCUAGAGCCCAUCAUCAUCCUCAUCUGGUUGUAAGUAGGCAAUCUAGUAUAUUAUUCGUGGCACUAAGCUCUAAUUUACCUCACAUUAAAGAAACACUAUAGUCCCCAGAACCACUUCAGCUUAAUGUAGUGGUUCUGGUGUCUAUAGCCUGUCCCUGCAGGCCUUUUAAUGUAAACACGGCGGCACUGCAGCACUGGUGUUAGUUAACAUGGCAGAUCAUAUGGGUGGGGCAUUGUGAUGUCACAUGGGGGGGCGGCAAACUUUACUUUUGCCUAGGGCGGCAAAAAUCCUUGCACCGGCCCUGCAGACACUGCAUCCCUGUGGGCGGAUUCGGGGGGGCAGCACUUUGGGCGGACUCGGGUGCAGGCAAACGGGGGCCCAGACCUUGAGCUGUGUCAAGGGCCCCAACAUUUCUGAUGGCAGCCCUGCGUAUAAGAGGAGGCAAGAUGAAUUACCUCUGGGUUAUUAUUAUUGUUUUUUGGUUAUGACUCUAAGCAGAAAAUAGUUUUCUGAGUUCUAAUUGUCAAUUAGCAUAUCAAAAGUUCAGAGCAAAAACAGCCAAAAUGUGACUAGCCAAUAAGUCUGAGAAUUAAUUUUUUUUUUAAAUCCUUUGGGUGAGAUUUGCAAACCUGGCCACUAAGGGGUGCCAACUAAGCAGGAAGAGACCUAAUAUAUAACCCUUUUCCUGCCAUGCCAACAGAUGUCUGAUUCUUCUAGCUAAACACAAGCAAAUUAACCCUUCCAGUUCUGUAAUUAGCCAUGCCAUCCCCACUAAGCAAUCAUUUCAUGCAUGCACUACACACAUCAAAUUUCUUAACAACAUUUCUGCAUGUUGUUGAAUCAUGCAUGCUGCACAUGACAGACAAUACAAUGAGAAUGUUUCAACGUGGACUUGUCUCUGAUGUUCUGUAAGAGCUUCAUGAGAUUUGAUGAAGAUAUAGAGAUAGAAACAUAGAAACAUAGAAUGUGACGGCAGAUAAGAAUCAUUCGGCCCAUCUAGUCUGCCCAAUUUUCUAAAUACUUUCAUUAGUCCCUAGCCUUAUCUUAUAGUUAGGAUAGCCUUAUGCCUAUCCCACGCAUGCUUAAACUCCUUUACUGUGUUAACCUCUACCACUUCAGCUGGAGGGCUAUUCCAUGCAUCCACUACCCUCUCAGUAAAGUAAUACUUCCUGAUAUUAUUUUUAAACCUUUGUCCCUUUAAUUUAAGACAAUGUCCUCUUGUUGUGGUAGUUUUUCUUCUUUUAAAUAUAGUCUCCUCCUUUACUGUGUUGAUACCCUUUUUAUAUUUAAAUGUUUCUAUCAUAUCCCCCCGUCUCGUCUUUAUUCCAAGCUAUACAUGUUAAGAUCCUUUAACCCUUCCUGGUAAGUUUUAUCCUGCAAUCCAUGAACCAGUUUAGUAGCCCUUCUCUGAACCCUCUCUAAGGUAUCAAUAUCCUUCUGAAGAUACGGUCUCCAGUACUGUGUACAAUACUCCAAGUGAGGUCUCAACGGCAUGUACAGUGUUCUGUACAAUGGCAUGAGCACUUCCCUCUUUCUACUGCUAAUACCUCUCCCUAUACAACCAAGCAUUCUGCUAGCAUUUCCUGCUGCUCUAUUACAUUGUCUGCCUACCUUUAAGUCAUCAGAAAUAAUCACCCCUAAAUCCCUUUCCUCAUAUGUUGAGGUUAGGACUCUAUCAAAUAUUCUGUACUCUGCCCUUGGGUUUUUACAUCCAAGAUGCAUUAUCUUGCACUUAUCCACAUUAAAUGUCAGUUGCCACAAUUCUGACCAUUUUUCUAGUUUACCUAAAUCAUUUGCCAUUUGGCUUAUCCCUCCUGGAACAUCAACCCUGUUACACAUCUUAGUAUCAUCAGCAAAAAGACAUACCUUACCAUCAAGACCUUCUGCAAUAUCACUAAUAAAAAUAUUAAAGAGAAUGGCUCCAAGUACAGAUCCCUGAGAUACCCCACCGGUGACAAGUCCAAGCUUCGAAUAUAUUCCAUUAACUACAACCCUCUGUUGCCUGUCACUCAGCCACUGCCUUACCCAUUCAACAAUAUUGGAAUCCAAACUUAAAGAUUGCAGUUUAUUGAUAAGCCUUCUAUGUGCAACAGUGUCAAAAGCCUUACUGAAAUCUAGGUAAGCAAUGUCUACUGCACCACCCUGAUCUAUAAUUUUAGUUACCCAAUCAAAAAAAUCAAUAAGAUUAGUUUGGCAUGAUCUCCCUGAAGUAAAUCCAUGUUGUCUCUGAUCUUGAAAUCCAUGUGUUUUUAGAUGUUCAACAAUCCUAUCCUUUAACAUGGUUUCCAUCACUUUCCCCACUACUGAAGUAAGGCUUACUGGCCUAUAGUUGCCCGACUCCUCCCUAUUACCUUUCUUGUAAAUGGGCACAACAUUCGCUAACUUCCAAUCUUCUGGGACUACUCCUGUUAACAAUGAUUGGUUAAAUAAAUCUGUUAAUGGUUUUGCUAGUACACCACUAAGCUCUUUUAAUAGCUUUGGGUGUAUUCCAUCAGGUCCCAUUGACUUAUUUGUCUUUACUUUUGACAAUUGAAAUAUAACCUCUUCCUCUGUAAACUCACGUGUAAUAAAUGACUCAUUUAUCCUUUUUCUCAACUGAGGUCCUUUUCAUUCAUUUUCAUCUGUAAAUACAGAACAAAAAUAUUCAUUGAGGCAGUCAGCUAGACCUUUAUCCUCUUUUACAUACCUUCCUUCUUUUGUUUUUAAUCUAACUAAUCCUUGUUUUACCUUUCUUUUCUCAUUUAUGUAUCUAAAAAAUGUUUUGUCCCCCUUUUUUACUGACUGUUCUAUUUUCUCUUCUGUGUGUGAUUUGGAAGCUCUUAUAACUUGCUUAGCAUCUUUCUGCCUAAUCUUAUAGAUCAUUUUGUCUUCCUCACUCUGGGUUUUUUUAUAAUUCCUAAAUGCUAACGUUUUGUUUUUAACUAUUUUGGCCACAUCUGCGGAGUACCACAGUGGUUUCUUUAAUUUUUUGCUUUUACUGACAAGCCUAAUGCAAUUUUCUGUUGCCUUCAAUAGUGUAACUUUUAAAUAAUCCCAUUUCUCUUGGACUCCAUUUAAAUUGCUCCAGUCUGUUAAUGACUCCUCUACACAUAUUCUAAUUUUAGAAAAUGGCUAAGUUCUUGAUCACUGUCCAUCACCUAGAUCUCAAGCCAAAAAGCUACGAUAAACUUUUUUUAAAACAUCACUGUUUAUGGUAUUGAAUGGAUUAAAAGGAGAACUUUAGGUUGUGAUAUUCAGAACCAUACAACUAGUCAAAAGAAUUGGGAGCAAUAUGUUGCCAACUCAUUGUCUCAAAGGAGCCAUAUCUCCAAUAUAUUGUUUAUAAUAACCAGCCUUUGCCUUGUGGACAGGUAAAUGUUUACUUAUAAUGUAACACUUUCCUUUUCUCACUAGGACAAGCAACGGGUGGUGAUAAAAGUGGAAGGACACCAGAAACUCUCCCUGGACCCCAGUGAUGGAAAAGCAAACUUGUAUUUUAGAGCUCUUUGUAUUUUAACGAGAUCAUCCCAAACAAAUGUUUAAUAAAGCACACACAAUUACAGUCCAA